GAUAUUAUCAAUGGGGGAGAAAACUUUACAGCGGUCGCUGAAGGCAACGUGACGAUAAGAUGCGUUGCAUCCAGUGAAAUCACUCCAACAGUUAGAAUGCUAAAGAAUGGUGUGGAGUUGCAGACGAAAGAAAAAGUUUCUGACGACAAAAAAGUAGUCAUGGCAGAGUUGACUAUCAUAUCUGUGACAACUGAUGAUUCGGGGUUUUAUGCUUGUGAGGCCACAAACAGGCAGAAAUCUGUCCAGGCUGAUGUACGACUCGUCGUUGAUGUACCGAUCAAGAUCGAUAUGGAUGUCACUCUUCAAGAUCAAACAUUCUCUGAUGAACUAAAGGAUACGUCUUCAGAAAAAUACCGAAAUUUAUCAGCCAUAUUUGUGGAAGAGCUGACUAAARUCUACAUAAAUGAAACAGGGUUCGAGAGAGUUGAAGUCUUAGGAUUCAGAAACGGAAGUGUGGCCGUUCGAUUUCGUGUCAUUUUCAAAGUAAAAGUCCAGAAACCUGAAGACAAGCCUCCUCCGGAUACAAAAGUGCGCAUUGCAAAUGUCGUGGUGCGCAGAGUCGUGGAAACUCAGGGUGUGGUGGGCACGUUGAAGAUUAAACCUGAGUCCGUUAAACCAUUGGUAAAACCUCCAUCACCAAGAAACCUAACUGCUGUAAACAUCAAAAAAAGACAAAUGGCAAUAGAAUGGAAACAUCCUCUCUUUCACGACAACUAUGACGUCAAACAUUACGUCAUCAAAUACAAAGUGUUCGGCAAUUCUUGGCAGGAGAUACAAUUGAAUGGUAAACAUGUUAACAGGUACCUCCUGGAAGAUCUGGAGGCUGGUACCAGGUAUUCUAUCCAGACUCAUGCCGUCAAUCACCUGGGGGAAGGGUUACCUAGCAAUGUAGUUGAAACACAAACCUUAUCUGCUUUUUGGGAGACAUUUGCAAAAGUGUUCAUUCCACUCCUCAUCAUCGUUCUYAUUAUUAUUAUCAUCGUGCUUUUCUAUCUACGAAGACGGCGUCUUCGGAAUAAGAAGCGUCGUGAGAUGAUGGACAAAAAUCGGCAUAAAGAACUUCUAAUCAAAGAGAAAAAAAUAAACGAAGAAGAUGAUGUCAUGGAAACCAUAGAACUUCCCCAGCGAUGGAAAGAAAUACCACGUGACAAACUUGUUCUUGAUAAAGAACUUGGCUCUGGUCAGUUUGGUGUGGUGUACAAGGGAUUCUUGAAGGAGAAGGGAGAAGAUGAAGUUGUACCAUGCGCUGUCAAAAUGUUAAAACCGAACGCGUCUCAGGAGGCAACUCGUGAUUUGUUCAACGAGCUAGAAAUCAUGGUAUCAGUAGACGAACAUCCUAAUAUUGUCAACCUUUUAGGAGCAUGCACAGGAAAAGACGGCCCAUUGUACGUGAUCGUCGAGUUCGCUGAGAACGGAUGCCUUUUGGAUUAUCUGCAUGCGAAUAGAAUGCCGUUUCCUUCAGCAAAUGGAAAUAUUGAAGACGUUUCUUCACUCAAAAACCAGGAGAAGAUAAGACUUGCUUUUGAUGUUGUACAUCGUGAUUUGGCCGCCAGGAAUGUUCUCCUUGGUAAGGACAUGAUCGCUAAAGUAGCUGACUUUGGUCUGGCAAGGGAUGUGUACGAACAAGGAUUCUACGAGAAAUCAUGUACUGGGAUGGUCAUUUGGUGUCUUGCUUUGGGAAAUAGAAACUGGAGGUAAAAUGCCCUUUGCCGGGCUUGUGUUCAAYGACAUUCUUAAGGCUCUAAAGUCUGGUGUAAGGCUACCACAACCAGCAUACUGCAGCGACGAAGUGUAUUCCAUAAUGAGAACAUGUUGGGAAGCAGACCCCAGAAAGCGGCCAACGUUCGGAGAUUUAUCUUGGAAACUGGAUAAUCUCUUCAUUCAUUAUYUAGAGGACUAGAUGACUGCGCAUGUGCAUGCGCAUGACCAAUGUUGUACSGGGACCUCGGUGCUGACCACAAAGAACGCAGGAAGUAGAGAUUAGAACUACGGUUUGAGCUUGUACGCAUGCGCUAAGACUAUGCUAUUCAUAAUAUGGUCAUCUUGCUAAUUAAAAAGUACUAGUUAUGGGAAAAACGUAAAGGUACGGUACAUGCACAUGAGCAUGUAUCAUAGUGCACCUAACCCCUGAUACAAUACUUUCAGUAUUGAUUCUACAUAAAGUAAAUAGUUGAAUGGUGAAAUAUUUCUUCAUUUGAAUGUUGCGUAUUUAAGUUAUUAAGGUUUAUACUUGCAAUAUGUUACUGACUGUGACGUCACCCCAGGCUUCAUUAAAUAUACAAAUUUUGACUGGUUCAUACAAAGAGUUUUUAAAAAGAAUCGAUCAUUAUUAUACUCAAGGUUUCCACAAUGUUUAUCGUAAGUCUGAUAUCUCAUAAUGGCUAUUGUUUGGCAUUGAAAAUUAAAAGAAAUACACGCAAAAGCCUGGGGUGACGUCACAGUCAUUAAAAUAUUGCAAGUAUAAACCUUCAUAACUUAAAGACACAACAUUCAAAUGAAGAAAUAUUUCUUCGUUCAACUAUUCACUUUAUGUAGAAUCAACACUGAAAGUAUUGUAUCAGGGGCUAGGUGCACUUUAAAUAUGAUAUAGUUCCUAUACAAGGAAAAUUUUGAGGCUGAUAAAAUGAACGGAGCAUGCGCGUAGACAUCAGCCGAACUAAAGGUAAUAACCAUUGUUGAAAAUUCUUUYUACUUUUUUAUAAAAAGAAAAUAAUUUCAGAGGAAAUGAUAAGAUGUAUAAGUUAAUGGUAAGUUUAUAAAUUGUGGACUAUAAUCAAUAAACUAAUGAACAUUCCUCUAAA